AUGGGUAGCGAAUCUCACCCCGUCGACAUGAAGCAAGACGCCAGCCAUGUCGAGAACGUCAAUGUUGACGACCUCGAGGCUGUUCAUGUUACAAAGUCCAAAGUUACCGUCACCGGGACGGUCAAGCUCACUGAGGGAAAGAUUGUCUACAUUCCCACGCCUACAGCUGAUCCUCGAGAUCCUCUCAACAUGAAGAUGUGGCAAAAGGCCAUGGUUCUCGUAACCAUCUCCCUCUUCUCGACAAUUGGCCUGGCCCUCGUCUCCGGAUUCGGAGGUCUCCUGGGCUUCUACAUCCCCGGCUACGCGGCCGUCGGAAAGGGUUACGAUGAUAUCACGCACUUGAUGACAUAUCCGACCUUGUUCAUGGGCAUCGGUAACCUCAUCGGAAUGCCCCUCGGUAUGGCCGUUGGCCGUCGAAUCGUCCUCCUCGGAGCUACAGUCAUCAUGGUAGCCAGCGCCGGCUUGUGCGCCGGAGCGAAAACAUACGAAUGGCAUCUUGGUGGACGCAUUGUCCUUGGCCUGGCUGCUGGUCAGAGCGAAGCUCUCGUGCCAAUGAUCACGCAGGAGAUUUUCUUUCUGCACGAGAGAAGUCGAUGGUUGAUGGUCCAGCAGUCGAUCCAGACAAUCGCCACAGCCGUCUUUGUCCUCUUUGCUGGUCCUAUUGCUGGGGCCAUCACCCCUGAGUGGUGGUACGGUCUCGGUACCUGUCUUUCUGGGCUCUGCUUUAUCCUGGCUGUCUUCUUUGUCCCUGAGACAAAGUAUGACCGCCCCUCAUCAUCAUUCCAGGAUGCCGGGAGUGACGACACUGCAACCUCGGAGGAUGGCAAGACUCUGACGGUCUGUACGGAACGCCCAGAGCUCGACUUUGUCAACUUUGAGCCACGGACCUGGAAAUCCGACCUGAGACUCUGGAUUGGAAAACCCGAGUGGAAUAAGUUGUCCGAGAUCCUUCUCCAAACCUUUGGGCUUCUCCUCUUCCCUAACGUUCUCUGGGCUAUGUGCCUCAACGGUCUCACCAUCGGAGUCAACAUCGCUAUUGGCACGACCUACGGAACCAUCGUGACGAGCCCUCCCUACAACUGGCCGCAGACCUCGGCAAGCUACGUCAACGCUGGACAGAUCGCCACAUCUCUGGUUGCCUUGCCACUCCUUGGUCACGGCUCUGACAAGCUCAUCACCUACGUUGCUAAGAAGCGUGGUGGCAUUCAUGAGCCCGAGAUCCGCAUUAUCCCUCUCAUUUUUCCAAUCAUUGUCGGUAUCUUCACCGCAGUGCUGUAUGGGCAAGGAGCUGCCCAUCCAACUCAGUAUCACUGGUUCGUUUACGUCUGGGCAGUGGCUGCAUACUACUUCACCUUUGUUGGAGCAAACAUCGUCGCCAUCACCUACCUCUUGGACAGCUACCCCCAGCGAGCCGGCCCGCUUCUCGUCAUUAUCUGCGCGUUCCGAGGCAUUAUAUCGUUUGGCGUCAGCUACGGUAUCAGCCCGUUCAUCGAGAAGAAUGGCUACGAUGGAGCGUUUGGAACGUUUGGAGGUCUGACUGGUGCACUGGGGCUUCUUGGUAUUCCUAUUUAUAUCUGGGGCAAGCAGAUUCGAAGGAUCACGGGACGGUACUGCAUGGAUAAGGAGAAGGGUGAGUAA